AAGCCGCCAUUGCAAUCCCUAAACUCUUCUUUUUUAGAUGGGAAGCCCUAGCGCCGCCGCCGAGACGGAUCUUACAACCGAUGAUUUCAUCGGAGACACACGACGGGACUCUGGUACUGAUACAGAGACCAACACUGAUUGUGACGGAGAAGACUUGCCUCUUCUUCUUCUACCUGCUCCUCCCGGUCACUUCGAAGAAGGAGAGAGAGUUUUAGCCAAACACAGUGAUUGCUUCUACGAAGCCAAGGUUCUUAAAGUUGAAUUUAAAGACAAUGAAUGGAAGUAUUUUGUGCAUUACAUUGGUUGGAACAAAAGUUGGGACGAAUGGAUAAGUCUGGACUGUCUCUUGAAACAUUCAGAGGAGAAUAUUGAGAAACAGAAGGAACAGGGUUUGAAGCAGCAAGGAAUUAAGAGUGCUAUGGCUUGGAGAGUUUCAAAGAUGAAACCUAGAAGCCCUAAUGUUGCUAGAGGAAGAAAGCGGAAGCAAGAUUCUGUUGAUACGGAGAAGAAUGUGGUUCCCUCUGACAAUCUUUUAAGUUUCAAUAUUCCACCAGCAUUAAGGAAGCAACUAAUUGACGAUUAUGAAUUUGUUACUCAGAUGCAGAAGCUUGUGCAACUUCCGCGUUCUCCAAAUGUGGAUGACAUCUUAAAGAAGUACAUUGACAGCCAAAUGAAGAAACAUAGCAGGGUAACUGAUUCAUUAGAGGAAAUUCUGAAAGGUUUGCGUUGCUACUUUGACAAAGCUUUACCGGUGAUGUUGCUUUACAACAAUGAACGGAAGCAAUACGAGGAAUCCGUAUCAGCGGAUGUUUCUCCCUCAACUGUGUACGGAGCAGAGCAUUUGUUACGACUCUUCGUGAAAUUGCCGGAGUUGCUAGUACAUGUGAAUAUGGCAGAAGAGACAUUGAAGGAAUUGCAGGACAACUUUGUUGAUAUUCUCAGGUUCUUGAGGAAGAAUCAGAGUGUGUUUUUUGUAUCGGCAUACAAAGCAGUGGAAGAAAUGGAGAAGAAAGAAGAUUAGGGUGUUGUGUUGUGUGCCUAAUGACGUGUGUCAUUCUUGUAAGUAUGUGCAGCGAAUCUUCUGUUUGUAGUAUAUUGUAUGUAACGAGACCUAAGAACUAUUAUAUAGGUUCGGUCUCGAUUUUGAAAGCACUU